AUGCGGGCCAUGGAUGAUGUUCAAGGGGUUCUUACUUCUUUGCAUUUCCUUGCACAAAAUCAUGAAUUGAUGAAAAGGAGUACAGAGCAGAUGGCACUAUACAAUUGGGUUAGGAAGAAAACAAAGACUGCAAUUAGUACCAUAAAGGAGAAAUUCAGUCAGCAACAGCUACAAAGGUUUGAAGAGAGUUGUUUUGGUAAUCUCCUACUGAUUGAGGACCUGAAGUGGACUUCGCCAAUUGUCCACGGCUUGUUGCUGAAGAAGGCUUAUCUGAAGACAGUUUCCCAAGUGAACGAGAUCAAAUUCAUCAUUGGCAAUAAGGUGAUUCAAUUCACAGCGCAACAAUUUUGCGUCGUCACAGGGCUAAGGUUUGGAAACCUUCCCUUCAUUCUGAUUGCCACUAAUGAGAACUGCUCAUCGAAAAGGAAGUACUUUGGCAACGAUAAAACUGUCAACCUUUUGGAAUUAGAAAAAGCCUUCGUCGACUGCGCUGAUGAGGACGAUUUGGCUGAAGACCUUGAAGAGUUUGUGAAAUAUCCAUGGAGUGUUGUGUCUUAUGCCAAGAAAAAUGCGUAA